AUGAUCGAACGUUUUGGUCAUCUUAAAUUGGAACUUGCACGUCAUGAUAUCAAAUAUCCUGAUGAGGAGAUAGUUGAUAAACUGUUCGAUUCUUUACCAGAUGAAAUGGACUGGAGGUACUAUGCUUUGAUGUUGAAAAACACCAUUCCGCCAGAAGAACUAAAACCAGAUGUAGUGAUUGAACGACUGGAAAGCCAUGAGCUGGAAUUGAAGAAAACGUACAAAGUCAAUCAUUCAUAUCAACAAAAUCCAGAACUAUACUAUCCCAAAAGUUUGAUGCCCAAAGCCUCAUCACCGAAAACUGCAUUUUCUGCUGAAAACAUAUCUCCAGCUCAUAAAGAAAAUCAAAGCAACUCAAACAAAGAAAGUCACAGUGGAUAUCAUAGUGGGUCUACUUCUAUUUCUACUGCCUCGACAAAUCGUUCUGAUUCAAAGUUCUCAUGUAAUAUUGCUGUUGAUCUGAAGAAUGCACAAAACUUUGAUGAAGAAUCUGUGAAGCAACAGAUGGUGUUUCUAGCAUCUGUGCUAGAAUCAUAUGAGGGGCUGAUUGCUGGAAAAAUUGGGAAUACUAAUCUGACAAAAGAAGACUAUGAUCAGAUAGAUCCCGAAGAGAUGGAGUUAAUUGAUAUCCAAUGGGCAAUGGCGAGUGCAGUGCGACGUGCACAACGCUUUAUGGAGAUAACGGGAAGAAAAACAAUCGGUGGUCCUUCAACAAAGCUGGGAUUUGAUAAAUCAAAGGAUGACUACUACAAGAAAGCUAUCUAUCAUCAGAAUAAGUCCGAACCGCCAAGAAUAAAGCAAUCUGAAGACAACAAAGGAAAAUCUAGAGCUUUGGCAGUGAUUUACGAUGAUGAAGGAUAUGAUUGGAGUAAGGAAGUAUUACCUGAAGAUGAUGCUAUUGGUUAUGCUUUUAUGGCGAGUCAUAAUGAACCAAUUCAAUGGAAGGAUAAUCGUACAGAACAACAAAAGUACGAAUAUCGAAAAAUGGUUGCUGAAGCAAAGAUCAUCCGACUCUCAGGUGUUUAUGAGGAAGCAAAACGUGCAAACCGAUGGGAUCCAGAUAGAGAGUGUUAUUUGGAUGAAUAUGGUAACAUUGCUGUCGACUACAAGAAGAUAGACAUUGAAGCCAUUAUCCAAGAAUACAAAGAAGAGGAUGAGUACUGGCAACACAAAUGGUGGGGUACACCAACAUCGAAAAUGAUCGAGGAAGAAAGAAGAGAAAAGGAGAAGAUAGAAGAACCUGUGAAAAUUGACACCGGGAUGAUCAACACUGCACAGGAGAUGACAGCUGAAAACUUGAGAGAAAUGGCUGAUAAAGUGCUUGCUGUCAAAGCACUUGAGGUAGAUUCUACUCCUAAUUCUGAGUCAAAGAAACAGGUCAGUCAAACUAAGUCAUCAACUGUGUCAGUGGUUGAUGGAAUUGUUAGCGUUGAUGCAGAAACCACUGUGGAUGAUGAUGAUAAACAAUCUGCAAUGGGACGAGGAAAAGACACUAACAAAGGACACAAUGUUCCAUCUACAAUUGAUGAGGUCUCUACAAAAGGAACAGAAGCAGAAAAAAUGGCUGAGUGCUUAAGAAAAAGCAGAAUUGCUAAGGCAUUGUCUGAUACAACAAUAGUUUAUGAAUCUCAUGUUAGAAGAUUUUGGGACACUGCAAGGUUUGAAGAAAAGGAUAAUAAAAUUCAUGCAGUAGUCAAGAAGAAAGAUGAAAACAACAAGGAUAUUGAUGUUGAAGUAGUGUUUGGAGUAGAGGACAUAAGAAGGGUUCUUGAUUUACAAGAUUCUGACAAUGAUCCAACGAUCAUGUCAGAACGUCUUGCUAAAGGGCUAUGGUGUAGGUUGGGAUUUUCUUCACACAUCAACGGAAAAAUGUUCAAAAGGAGUUUCUCGAAACAAUACAGAUACUUAAUGCAUUGCUUAGUGCAUUCCCUAUCUCACAGAAAGGGAGCUUAUGAUGAGGUGUCUGACUACAUAAUGAACAUUGUUGUAAAAAAUUGCUUAGCCGGGAAAGACAAAUACAUUAUGUACCCAAGAUUCAUUAUGAUGAUCUUGGAUGACAAAGUUAAGGAUUUGCCAAAGAACAAUGAUGAUAUUAUGGCAAUGGCUGAAGUGAAUAAGACUGCUAUUCUGAGAAUCACAAAGGAGAAGGAUGAUAAAACAAAAGAGUUGAUCUGUGCAUUAAAGGAUGAAUCAUACGUAGCUCCUGAAAAUGAUAAAUGGAGACAUGAUAAUAGUGAUUCAGACAAUGAAGACAAUAAGAUGAGUGAAAUGAUUGAAAAGAAAACCAGAUGGUGGUGUAUCAAAGAUGGAAAGAGAAAGAGAACACCAAAGUCGACCCCUGUGGUUGUAAUUAAAGAAACAGCAAAGGGGUCUUCUGAAGAACCUCAAAGAAAGCUAAUUGAUGAACCUGUCAUAGAACCAAGGGAGGUGGUUGAUAAAGGUGUUGGUUUAAAAGAGACUUUGGAAAGCUAUUUUAAAAAGCAUGAAGAGGCUGAACAAGCACAAGCUCAAAAGAAAGUUGGUCAAGAAGAGGAAGCUCAAAAGAACUCCAGUAAUGAAGAUUCAGAAGAAACUUUAUCUGAAUCUGAACUGGACAAGGAGACAGUGGGAAAAGGAAAGGUACAACUGAAGAAAAGACCUUUAAAGAAAAGAAAGAAUUCUGAAGAUGAAGAUUCACCGUACAAUCCUGAGGAUUCCCAGAAAAACAGAAAGAAAAGAAAAGCUACUCGCAGCGGUGAUAUUCCAAGAGUGGUUAGAGCAAAGAAACAGAAUGCUAAAUCACAAAAAGAGAAGGAAGGAAAGAAGAAACAGGACACUGCUGAAACUAGUCCUGUAGUUGAGAUACCAAAAGAAGUUCCUUUAACAGAAAUUCCAAUAGAAACACAAACUUCUUAUGAUGAUUAUGUGGAGAUCACCGGAGUCAAAUCUGCUAAACAAACAUCUGAUCGUCAUGAUAUUCCAGAAUCAUCACAACGAAAGACAGAUUAUUUCAACUUAGAUUUUGAUAGCCUUGGUGGUGCUACUGGAGAUUUCUUUAAAGAUAUGCCAGAGAGUGAAGGAGAUCUAUUUCAUGAUAAAAAGAUGAAAGAAUUGGAAGAAAAAGUUAAAGCCUUGGAAAAGGAAAAGGAAGAAAACGAAGCUGUACAAAUAAAGUUGAAGGAAAUGAUUGAUGAGUUGGAGAAACGGCACGAAGACGUAAUGGAUGCAGUGUUUACAAAAGAUGAGAAAUUGAAUGAAAUGAAGGAAGAUAUAAAAGAUAAUGCAGAACUUAUUAGUGCACUUACUGAUGAAAUUGCUGCAUUGAACGCCAAAGUCAAAGACUUGCAGAAUAUCAAUCAGACUUUGAAUCAACUCUUAAAUGAGAUGAAUGAAGCUUCGACAAAUGAAAUGAAGGCAAUGAAGCUAGAGAUGGAAGCUAUGAGAGCAGAUAAGGUGAUGAAAGAUAAGCAACUGGAAAUGCUUACGGCUGUGAUUGAAGCACAUCUGAAGGUGAACAUCCACGAGGCUUUUGAUCAAGUUGACAUUAUCAAGGCAAAUGAAAGAAGGAAAGAAAGAGAAAGACAGCUUGCUGAAGAAGCUAACCUGAAAAAUAAAGGCAUAGCAGAAGAAGUUUAA